AUUGAAUUAAUUAAAUUAAAAUGUCGAAUUCGGUGAAACAGCUAAGUUUGGGCGGAUUGCCACUAGGCAACGUUUCUCAAAAAGAAAAAACCGAAAAGUACAGGCAGAUUUUACAGAAUAUUCUCAUGCAAGCCCAAGAAGAUGAAAAUGAAGUAGUGAAGAACUUGAAGGGAUUCAUUGAUGCCAUAUCAAACGAAAAUGUAAGCCUUGUCAUUUCCAGACAAAUUUUAUCUGAAUUUUGCAACCAGCUUAACAAUCUUCCUGAUGAGAUCAGCAAAGAAAUAGCUCACUACACCCUUGAUAAAGUACAACCCAGGGUUGUCUCAUUCGAGGAACAGACUGGUUUAAUAAGACAGAAGCUAGCUGCUUUAUAUGAGAAAGAGCAGAAUUGGAAAGAGGCAGCCAAGAUACUCGUUGGCAUUCCUCUGGAAACUGCUCAGAAGCAGUAUUCGAAUGAUUACAAACUGGAGACGUACCUGAAGGUGGCGCGCUUGUACCUGGAAGACGAGGACCCAGUACAGGCAGAAGCCUACAUUAAUAGGGCUUCCAUACUCCAGGCCGAGUCAACAUCUGAAGCUCUUCAGAUUCAUUACAAGGCUUGUUAUGCCCGUGUGUUGGACUACAGGAGAAAAUUCAUCGAGGCUGCCCAGAGGUACAACGAGCUCUCUUUCAAGAACUGUGUAGCUGAAGAUGAAAAAAUGACCGCUCUUAAAAAUGCUCUGAUAUGUACUAUUCUUGCAUCUGCGGGCCAGCAAAGAUCUCGAAUGUUGGCAACCUUGUUUAAGGACGAGAGAUGCCAACAGCUACCAGCAUUUAAUAUUCUUGAGAAGAUGUAUUUAGAUCGUAUCAUACGCAAUAGUGAAUUGGAUGAGUUCUCUAGUCUAUUGCAAGCUCACCAGAAAGCCGUCACUGCCGAUGGUACUACAAUAUUAGAGAGGGCCGUUAUAGAGCACAGCAUGUUGUCAGCCAGUAAGCUCUACAACAACAUCUCAUUUCAAGAGCUUGGCACUUUACUAGAAAUUCCUUCUAAAAAGGCUGAAAAGAUUGCCUCCCAGAUGAUCAGUGAGGGCCGUAUGAAUGGCUAUAUCGAUCAGAUAGAUUCCUUUGUACAUUUUGAAGUCCACGACGCAUUACCAUGCUGGGACAAGCAAAUCCAAAGCUUGUGCGUGCAGGUUAAUGAAGUAGUCGAAAAAAUAAGGACUCUAGAUCCUGAUUGGAUGGCCAAACAUGAAGAAUCGAUGAUGUCAUAAUUAAUCAAUUAUUAAUAAUUAAUGUAAUUUAUAAUUUUCAAUUUAAUAGUAGUCAAUUUUUUUAUUAUUAUAGAAAUUAAUUAUUAAUUUCGUAAGGAGCAAAUUGGUUUGACAAAUUUGAUCGACAAAGUUAUGUUAAUGUUGCUAAUUUGAUUGGUCUGUUGGUGUUCUGGCUAACGGUUUGAGAGGGUUUUGAUUGGUUAGUUGGCACUCGUGCAAAACAGUUUGAUAUUAUUAUUGCUAGUUUAUGCUUUUUUUGUACAGAAAAUAAAUAAACGAAUGAAUAAAGCACGAUGAUUAAAAUAUUU